UUCUCCUAGUUAACCAAACACUUAAAUAUAUACCAAGCGAACAUGUACAGUGGUCGAUCCAACGAGAGAACUGCCUCUCAACGAACAUACGAAAAUCCCCAUUUCAACAUGAGUUUUCAACAGGUAUUACCGAUGACUUCGCAGCCAGUCACAUUCGAAGCGAAUUAUAGCCAGAGUAUGCACUGCAAUGUUUAUCCAAGCCAUUUAACAUGUGAUAACAAUUUUAUGAAUAACGCAAUAACGUCGACCGGUGAGCUUAGAGAAAGGAAGAAGAACGAACAGGCCAUUGAACAAUUCCUCCAAGAGACCGACCUGAAAUCUCCAAAGCAAGACAGCCCGAAGAAAGAGCCAUGUAAGAUCGCGACGAUGAGAAGUGCGUUGACGUCCGUGGCGAAAUUAAAUAAGGAACUUGAAGCCAUUUGGAUGGAACUCAAAAGUAACAUCGAUCUACCGGAUACGCAGUGGCGAGAGAAGAUCAGUGGCUGCGACGUCGCGAAGCAUGAAAUCUGCGAGAUCUUACGCGGCAUCAACCACGCGGAAUUCAUGAGCAAAGUGAAGAAGGACCUGGAGAAGCGCAGGAAGAAACGACUGAGGGAACGAUCCAAGAAGGAACAAUGGAAGGAGGAGAAGGCUAUGAGGGCGGAGCGGAGAGCCAGACUGCACGCGAAGGCCGACUCGUGGAUCAGGAAGGAGCAGGCGGUGAUCGAGCGCGAGAAACAGGAGGAGAAGCUGCGCAAGGAUGCGGACAUGAUCCUGUCGGACGUUCGCGGUAAGCGGAACGACGCGCGCAAGUAUCUGGGCGUGUUGCAGGAGCUGCAGAAUUUACGAAGGAUCAAGAUGACCAUCGCCCGGGCGAGAGGCGAACACUUGUCCUCGGCCGCUGACGAAGCAUUCCACAAUAUCAUCGAUAAAUUGACGGAACAGUGGACCAACUUGGAUCGCGAGUAUUCUAUGGAGGAACAAGGUUUGAAACUCAUGCUGAAGACGAACAACGAGAAGAGGAUCGAAAAACAGAGCAAGAAUAUAUUCGACGAUUGGGAAAACGUGCUGUUCGGUAGAAGUAUAUCGACUGCCGAGCGAUGUUACGAGGACUUGAAUUGCUUCAUCAUAACUCGUACGGCCUGGGACAAAUUUGUAAGUUCUGAGAACGACGCAACAACGAUUCCGGUGGGAUGGAUAGUGCCUGAGAAACCAUCAUCCGCUGCAUGGCAAAGGUGUCUCACGAAGGAGAAUUCUUGAGAGUUCUCGAGUGAAGGACGUAUCGAUACAUAAACUUACUUAAGGAAAAUAGAAAAUUUGCUACGACCAUUUUGCAAAUUAAAUCACGCGAAUUACGUA